CAGGCACAACCAAAAUCCAUAUUGAAAAAGUCCUCAUCACCACUGGACUCUUCCCUCUCCAACCUCAAAAUAAAACCAAAAUCAGACGCCGAACGCCGCCGUCUAGAAACCGCAAUCCAACACGCCCACCUAAUCCAAGAACAAAAAUCCAUUCUCGCUCAAAACCUCAACUACAUCGAAGAACUCUCCGACUACCCUGCUGACACCACUGCUUCUGCUUCCGAGAUCUCUGCUUUCUUGGACUAUAUGGUGUCAUUUCAGCCAUCAGAUUACGACGCGCUGAUAGAAGAAAGACACGUAAAUGGACGCUGUGGGUAUACUUUGUGUGCCAACGCGCCCAGAAAAGCUGCUGUAAAAGCUCCAUGGCAGAAAAGCAAAGGGGUGGAAAAUUGGUGUUCGGAGGAUUGUGCGAGAAAGGCACUUUAUGUGAAAGCACAGCUCUCGGAGACUCCGGCUUGGGAGCGAAGGGCUGGGGAGAGGAAUCCAUUGGUACUCUAUGGCGGAUCCAAACCCUCUACCACAUCAACUCCCGCAGGAACGAGGACGCAGACAGAGACGCAAACUGGGACGCAGAUGCAAUUGCCCCUACGGACAAAGGCACAAUCUGCCACCGAUGAACGGGAUUUAGCCUAUGAGCGCGGCGAAAUCGACAAAGUGGCUGAUGCAAAGAUGGACAAAGUGCUAAAAGCACAAGUGCAAGAGAACAGCGUCAUAUCUUCCGUUAUGCCGCCCACGCAAACGAAGUUCGCAGAUGCAGAUGUGCAUGACUUGAUAGAAGGAUAUCAACCAAAGGGUGUGCAGCAAGGCAAUCGUAUCGCCAUAAAAUCUGAAGAUGCAGAUAGCGACGACGAG